ACAAACUCCAUAUAUCUUACGGUUGUCAUUGUAUACUGAAGCUAGGAUGCUUUUUAAUUGGUGGCUAUUUGUUAGUUUGUGACUUACAUUUUCUUUUUAAUAAGAUUCUAUUAAUUAUGAGAAAAAGUACUUUUAAUCAUAUCUCAUUAGAUGUUGCAUCAUAGUUUUUGGCAAAUGUUUUUGCAUAUCGUAGUUCCUUUCAAUUUCAGUUUAUGAAUUCAUGAAUGUAGAUCACAUCUCUUUAUGGUGGGCCUUUGGAAUUCUUAUUUGUAGUUGAAAGUAUGGAAGAUCCAGCUUACCAUGCUAUAUCUCUGCUGAUCAAAGAAUAUGAGAUAUGAAGACUUCUUUAGGGGUAAAAAGAAAAAAAGUUCAACAAAGCUCAAGUCCUUCGAUGGAUCCGAAGAACUGAGCAUAGCCGAGAAACAAGAAGAUGAUAAAGGAACUCUUUCAACCCAUGAGAAAGAGCUUCAAAAGAUCUGCUCUAAAAUUGAGCAGAUGGAGAAAGAGAACUUGGAAACUAAGGCCUGGACUAUGCAGGGAGAGGUAACCGCCCGUAAAAGGCCGAAGAACAGUGCACUCGACGUUGAUCUGGAUUUUGAGCACAAUGUAAGACCACCUCCUGUGAUCACAGAAGAGGUUACAGCAUCCCUUGAAGAAUUAAUUACAAAAAGGAUUAUUGAGGGGCAUUUUGAUGAUGUUCAAAGGGCACCUAGUUUGCCGUCUAAAGCACCAAAAGAACUCAAAGAGCUGAGAUAUUGUCAGUGAAGAACGAGUGAUGUUCCAAUGCAUUCUAUGUAACUCGCUAAUUGUCACGGGUUCCAAAUUUUUUGUCUCAGAAGUUGGAGGUUUUUUCACCCAAAAGCUAAGUCAAUGGAA